AUGGAACAACUUCAACAGUCGCUGGAAACUACAGGCUCUAUAUCGCUCCCACAGAAAGUCGCUCUGCUAUCCCACCUCAAGGCUUUAAACAGAGACAGCUCUUCUGUUAUACGCCAAUCUAAGCAGGCUGCUGCACAUCAGGCUCAAUUAUCAGACGGUGUACACGCUCAAGUGCAGAAUCUAUUAUACGAAAGGAGGCAUUUAGAGCAGGAAAUUGAAAGGUGCAGGAAUUUCGAGACUAGCUUCGAUAAAGUACCUUUGGUUUCACUUGACGAGUAUCGCAAGUUGAAUGGGGGCAAGGAGGAAGACGAGCACGUUUUAAUGCUCAAUAGACUGAAAUUCGAGCUGAGAACUCGCCAGGAACUCAACGAUCACCGCAAUCAGCUGCAAGAAGUGCGAUCGUCAAUCAACAGCGAGAACAAUCAGACGAAAAACAGUUUGGAGGAUCUUGACAGCGAUUUGGAUAAGUUUGUCGAUUUUGCAAAGGGUAUCCAAUCCAAGCUUAACAAGCUCGAUAAGGUUUGGGACAAGGAGAGUGAGGAGGAAAGUGAGGAGAGGAAAGAGUCCAAGAAUGAACUCAAGGACGAUAAUGACAUUGAGAUUGAUCAAGCUAACGAGGCUGAUAAUCACAGACCUCAAGAUACCAACUCCGGUGAAGAUCAACGUAUGGAUACUAAUUGA